AUGGAGACUGAUAAGAAAUGUGAAACGGUAAAUCAAACCGACGAUGGCUUCGAAGCUAAAGACUUUGAAGUGAUUCACUUGGAUAACAUUUACUCAGUAACUAUUAAUUUAAUAAAAGAUAAAGUGUCGCUACACGAUGUUCAAGUGGAGGGUGUAAGUCUAUUCGACAUUGUUAAGAGUGACUGUGGGAGUGCAAGAAUUUGUAAUGACUUUAAGACGAAUUCAUUAGAUCCUAAUACAAUUACAAUUGGAUUUCUCAGUGCUUAUAAGUGGAGUCAGACUGUCCUGGGUGCUCUACCACUAGCUGUGGCAGCAGUUAAUCUCGACCCAAAUUUACUGCCUGGUCUCAAACUCCGCUUUGUAACCGCAGACAUUGGGAGAGCAAGACCACCACUGCCUAUGGACAAGGAUAGCCUAUCACUAAGGGUGAUGACUCAAAUGCGUGAUAUGGGCGUGGUUGCGUUUUUUGGACCUGACGACACUUGUCAUACUGAAGCUAAACUGGCUGCGGCUUGGAACCUUCCAUUGAUAUCUCAUAAAUGCGCGGGAGCCCAAGGAACUGGUGGUUUGGGUGCAACCUUUGCUCGGACACUUCCACCAGCUCAUAAAGUUAGCAAAUCCGUGGUGUCACUACUAAAGGCUUACGGAUGGAAUAAGUUCGCCAUCAUCGCUGGAGAUGAGAUGACGGCCGCUAAACAACAAAUGGACGCUAUAAAGAAAUUGUCUUUAAGCAACGGUCUAGUGGUAACAGCUGAGCAUCGAUUCGCAGACUACAUUCCGCGACAUAUAUCCAGACUUGAAAAUAUUGUUGAUCAGACCUACGACAAAACCAGAGUGUACGUAUUUCUGGGUGAGCAUAUAGCGUUGGUGGAUUUCGUGAACGUUCUCCAUCGUCGUGGUCUCCUAGCUAAUGGUGAAUAUGCUGUGGUUGCCGUAGAUGAUGAGAUCUACGACCCUAACGAUGCAGCCAUCACACACGCAGAUCAUCUCAUUCAGAACAGCAGCAGCGAUGUUCUGGCCUUCCGUCAGGUCUUAAAAUUGACUCCUUCUCAUCCAACGAAUCCACAAUAUCCGAUGCUUUGUCAAAUGAUCCGGAAGCUUUCAGCGACGCCUCCAUUUUGUGUUCCGAACUAUCACAGGAUAUUUGAAGACACAUCAGUGCCGAUAGAAGCAGCUCAUCUGUACGAUGCCGUAACAUUAUGGGCCCACGCUGCCACCGCAGCCACAAACCACGGUCUGUCACUCACGGAUGGUGCCACGCUUAUGAAACUACUGCGACCCACCACAUACAGAUCCAUACAAGGAUUUGAUGUUAAUAUGGACAACGCUGGCGAUGCGGAAGGUAACUUUUCAGUAAUCGGUGUUGUAAAGGAUCCGAAUUCACCAUCUGGAUGGAGCGCACAACCGGUAGCCGCUUUUCGUAUUACCAAUUCGUCUGAUCCCUUACCAGAAUUCGUGGGAGGUUCCCAAAUAGCUUGGAUUGGUGGCAAACCGCCAAGAGCAGAACCCGCUUGUGGCUUUGAUGGUAAAUGCACUUUACCACAUGACCCAGUAGUGCUAUCAGCAGCUGCCGCUGUUGCUGCCGCUCUUAUAUUAGCAGCAGCACUCUUUGUGAGGCACUGCCGAUACGAACAAAUACUAGACUCAGUGCUGUGGAGGAUCGAAGCUAAAGAACUCACCUUUAUAACUACGUGCAAUAAGGAUUCCAUAACUCAGGAGGUAGAGAAAAAACGUGCUCACACAACGAUAGCGUCCUACAGAGGAAAUAUUGUGGCUGUGAAGAGAUUGAAAAAGAAGAAUAUAGAUGUUACGAGAGCUGUCAAGAAAGAGUUGAAACAGAUGCGGGAACUACGCCAUGAAAACCUCACGCCGUUUGUAGGGGUGUGUGUGGAGACCGGGGUCGCCUGUGUGGUCACCGCGUAUUGCUCAAGAGGAUCAUUAGCAACAGUUUUAGCAGACAGAGAUUUACAUCUAGAUGAUAUGUUCGUUGCCAGCCUGGUUGCCGAUUUAUUAAGGGGUUUGACAUACUUACACGACUCCGCUCUCAUUUCCCAUGGGAAUCUAACGUCGAAUAACUGUUUAGUGGAUAGACGAUGGGUGUUACAGAUCACUGAUUAUGGAUUGCAUACAUUAAAAAGUGGAUGCAUUGACACUGAAGAUGCAUUGAUGAUGGAGAAACGUAUGUUAUGGCGAGCUCCUGAACUGUUGCGUGAACCGAAUCCUCCUCCUCGAGGUUCCCAAAAAGGUGAUGUCUAUUCAUUUGGCAUCAUUCUAUACGAAAUACUCGGACGUAAUGGACCUUGGGGAGAUACAAAUUUGACCAAUGCUGAGAUCAUCGGUCGAGUUCGUCAGCCGAUAGGGGGUGUAUUAUUUCGUCCUCCCCUUGGAGGUUUGGCAGCCCGACCUUCGGUACUGGCUGUACUGAAAGCCUGCUGGAGCGAGCGACCUGAUCGAAGGCCUGAUGUGCGGCUUGUUAGGUUGAGACUUAAGGAUAUGCAUGCUGGGAUGAAAACAAACAUAUUUGACAACAUGCUUGCUAUGAUGGAAAAAUACGCUUCCAAUUUAGAAGGUUUGGUUGCUGCGAGAACAGAGGAACUUCUGCUGGAGAAGAAAAGAACGGAUGACCUACUGAACAGAAUGCUGCCAAGAACUGUGGCAGAAGCUUUGAAACGUGGUGAGCCUGUACAAGCUGAAAACUAUGCCAGUGUCACUGUAUACUUCAGUGACAUUGUAGGCUUCACAAAACUCGCUGCUACUAACACACCUAUGCAGGUCGUAGAGAUUUUAAACGAUCUCUAUACAUGUUGCGAUGAAAUCAUAUCACUUUAUAACGUUUAUAAGGUGGAGACGAUUGGCGAUGCUUAUAUGGUAGUUGGAGGACUACCGGAUCGUAUUUCAAGACACGCGGCAGAGGUCGCAUCACUGGCACUUCAUAUUUUGGAUGCAGUUCCAAAGAUCAAGAUGAGACAUAUGCCUGCCACCAGGCUUCAUAUUAGAAUAGGGAUUCAUAGUGGGCAGGUUGUGGCUGGUGUGGUAGGUACCAAAAUGCCGCGUUAUUGUCUCUUUGGGGAUACUGUUAACACAGCGGCGCGUAUGGAAUCCAGCGGAGAACCACAGAAAAUACAUAUCAGCCACGACACAUACAAGUUGUUGAAAAAACACGGCGGCUACCAUUUCAAAGAUCGGGGUAUCAUAACUAUAAAGGGCAAAGGUGAUAUGAAGACCUGGUGGUUGAUCGGCGAGGACCACGAACGGCGGAGAAAAUCUCUAUUCCGUUGCGCACCGGACAUCGGUUUCAACGAUAGGGACAUGUUCAAUGUGUCUGGUUCCACGAGUCGUUCUAUCUUCGACAUCCGUGAUCGCGCACGUCUCUCGUGCGGGGGAUCCAUGGGCCCUGGGUCGGCUCUCUCAUCUCCCGGCCCUCCCGCUUGUGCCUGCUUCGUCCCCCCUCGUGAUCACCAUUCCGCCCCCGCUGUUUCCUUCUGCGAGGACUGA